AUGCAACCAUAUUCAAGAUUUGGAGGGACAAGAAGAUGCUUUUUUGAAUUUCAAAAAUUAGUAGAUUGUACAACAUCAUCAGAUACCACAUCAAAAAAACAAUGUUUACCUAAAUUUGAAGAUUAUAAUGAAUGUUUACAUGGAUUAAAAGAAAGAGAACAAGUAAGGAUAUUAAAUAAACAAUUGAGUGAAAAUGUAGCUAAUGAUAAAGGAAUAAAUCCGAGAGAAUUAUAUAAUGGAGUUCAAAUUUAUGAAAAUUUGGAUUUAAUAAAGAAAAAUUAA